CGGUGUCGGAUGGGCCCCAGGCGGCGACAGGGGGCCUGAGGGCCUGUGCUGAGUCCCGGCCUGUGCCUCGCGGGGGCCCGCCUCUGAGCGGCGCGGGGCGCAGGGCGGGGACCUGCAGUUUUAGGACGAAGAUUGUUUUAUUGAUUUUGUUCCAGAGCUGACUGGGCCUCGUUUGCCAAAGGCACUGCUGGCAGGGUGUCCAACACAGGAGUAAAGCUGUUCCUGCAGCAGAGUAAUGAUGGUAGAUCUGAAGGUGGCUGACUCUUUGAGCCCUCAGAUCAGGGCUCUGUGGGAGUGCAAGGGACCUUUGAUAGAGAGUUCCAGUCACAGUAAGAAAUAUACCCCACAAACGGACAGUCUCACUCCAGAAAGCUGUCGCGAGCACUUCCGGAACUUCCACUAUACUGAUGCCGCUGGACCUCGUGAAGUUGUUAGCCAGCUUCAAGAAUUAUGCCGUCAGUGGCUGAGGCCAGAGAUUCAUUCAAAAGAGCAGAUCUUGGAACUGCUUGUGCUAGAACAGUUUGUGACCAUUCUGCCCAGGGACACCCAGAGACGGAUAAGGAAGGACCAUCUACAGAGCAUUGAGGAGGCCGUGACCCUGGUAGAACACUUGGAGAGGGGAUCUGGUGAAACGAGGAACAGGGUUGCAGUCCAAGAGCUGGGAAAAGAGCCAAUGCUCUUAAGAGAAACAGCAGAGUCCCAGCCAGUGGGCAUGGCCCAGGAUGAAGAAUUCUGGAAUGCAUACCAAGGUUUGCAAGAACAGCUGAGCAGAAGUACUCAUAAAGAAACUGAGCCUGUAUGUGAGAGGGCUGUGCCUGUUCACCAGAUCUUAGCCUUUUCUGAGAAGACAAACACCAAAGACUGGACAGUGGCACCCGAGCUCGUCUUGCCUGAGUCCCAGAGCUUGUUGAGAUUUGAAGAAGUGGCCAUGUAUUUUUCCCAGGAAGAAUGGGAGUUACUGGAUCCCACUCAGAAGGCCCUCUACAAUGAUGUAAUGCGGGAAAACUAUGAGACUGUCAUCUCUCUAGCUGUGCCUGCUCACCAGAUCCUAGCCUUCCCUGAGCAGACAGUCACCAAACACUGGACAGUGGUACCUGAGCUCGUCUUGCCUGAGUCCCAGAGCUUGUUGAGAUUUGAAGAAGUGGCCAUGUAUUUUUCCCAGGAAGAAUGGGAGUUACUGGACCCCACUCAGGAGGCCCUCUACAAUGAUGUAAUGCGGGAAAACUAUGAGACUGUCAUCUCUCUAGCUUUAUUUGUGCUCCCCAAACCUAGAGUGAUCUCCUAUCUAGAGCAAGGGGAAGAGCCAUGGGUUCCAGGGUCCACGGAGUUCAAAGACAGUCCUGGAGAGCUGCCUACAGGAAUAAAGCACAAAAGUGACACCGAAAACCAUCAGCCUAUAUGUCUUUCUGAUUUAGAAAUACAAGCACCAGGAGACAUAGUAUCAAAAAAGGGCCGAACAAAAGUUCCCCCGAAAACAACAGGCAAAGAAAACCAUAGUGAUACACACAGGAUGGGGAAGUGGCAUCGAGAUUUUCCUGUGAAGAAAAGAAAGAAACUUUCAAGCUGGAAACAAGAAUUGCUGAAACUUAUGGAUCUUCACAAGAAAGCUCGUGCCGGAGAAAAGCCUUUUAAAUGCCAAGAAUGUGGGAAAAGCUUCAGAGUUAGCUCUGACCUUAUUAAGCACCAAAGAAUUCACACUGAAGAGAAACCAUAUAAAUGUCAACAGUGUGAUAAGAGGUUUAGAUGGAGUUCGGAUCUUAAUAAGCACUUAACAACACAUCAAGGAAUAAAACCAUACAAAUGCUCCUGGUGUGGGAAAAGCUUCAGUCAAAAUACAAAUCUACACACACACCAAAGAACUCACACUGGAGAGAAGCCCUUUACGUGUCAUGAAUGUGGAAAAAAAUUCAGUCAGAAUUCCCACCUUAUUAAACACCGGAGAACCCACACAGGUGAGCAGCCAUAUACUUGCAGCAUAUGCAGGAGGAACUUCAGCAGGCGGUCAAGCCUCCUUAGACACCAGAAACUCCACCGCUGACCGGGAGUUCAUCUUGUGUCCUUGGCAUGAAGAAGUUCACCAAAUAGAGGUUGACCCUGACAUUUAUGAAAAAAUACAAAAAUAUGAAGCAUGAAUUCAUCAGUGGAAAAAUUGAUGAUAAAAGUGUAUUUCACGGAAAGGAAUUAAGGUUGACCCUGCAGGGAUCUCCGUAAGUAGUUUUGUACUACUUACAUUUUUACACAUAACCUUUGGGGAAUUCCUUAGUAAGAAAGGUAUUGAAAAAACAUUCUCGAUUAGGGAAACAUUUUGCAAUUGUAUCUGAUAAAGUAGCAAAUCCAGCUUCAAUUAAGAGAUGCACCCGUGACUCAGUCUUUUGUGAUCACAGAGGAUAAAUUCUACUGAUUUUGCAAUGAAUUCCCAGCCACUUUUAAACACAUAAUAGGAACAUUUGUAUCAUGGUCUUCCAAAAGAUAAAGCAAUAACCUGUUUGUUUAAUUGCAUUCCAUUGCCUUCAAGGUACUUGGCUUACCAAUUUUAAGAGUCAUGUGUGGGGCAGAAGUGAGUUCUGUUGUCAAGUUUUCCAAGAACCAAAUUGGAUUUCUUCCUUUUCAUUGUCAUUGGACACUCUUCACAAAGUUGGACAUCAUGUGAGUUCCUUCUUGAACGUUUUAGCAACUUUAGCUCUUGAAUCCUUUUAGCGCCAAUUUUACUGUGAUGAAAUGCUUUUUACUUCACCACUAGCAAAUCUGUAAGAUAAAUUAAUAAUGCACUAUCUUAUACUUCAGUGGUGGUGUUUAAAAACAAAAGAUAAACAUCUCUAAUGAGAUCAUAUGAAAACGGGUUGGAAUGUUUAGCCAUGAAUUAUGUAUGACAUGUAAAGAAGAAUUUUCUGCAAUAAAAGGAACUAGUCCUUUUCUUAUAAUAUCAGUAUGAUGAAACAUAAAAGUUAGCACUUUCCUGAGGCCUAAAGAAAGUUAAUGGAAGUUCAGGUGUUUUUAAUUUGCUUUGUAAUUUGGCUUUUGUUUUUAAGAACAAACUAGAACUAGGUUGUGUGCUGCAGGUAGGAUGUGGUUCACUGGGUAUUGCAGAAUAUUGGGUUCCCAAGAGAAGUUUGGGAACUGAUGCUGACUGGUGGGUAAGGAUGGGUGAAUGCACAUCCUUGUGGAUUGUCUUACACUGUAAACUGUUAUUAAGUAGGCAGGGUGUUCAUGUCUCUGUUUUGUACCCAGCAUUUAACAUCAGCCUUGGGUGAAAAAUGAUAGAUGGCUGAAAAUCUCUAUAGACUAUGGAUCUUCUUAGAGCUCUUAUCUACAGCAAUGACUCAGACGUAUUUUUGUUAGAGCUUUUAGGUAGUGUCAGUAAAGAGGUUAAAUGAUUUCUUCUGAAUACCUUAUAAAUAAAGAAGUUAAGGUUCAGAUACAGGGACCUGUAUAGGACCCUAUAACUAUUGGGUCUGUUGGCUGUCACUCAGCUGCAUCAGUCAGGCCUGAAGUUAGGAUUAGCAGGAUGGAUGUGUAUGUUAUCCCUGCAGGGCCAGGCUGGAUAACGUUGUGUUGUGUCUAUUUCUAGCUUCUACAACAUUCCUGUGGCUUGACUGGUUACUGAAAUGCUUAAGUCUCCAUGUUCUCUGUGAAAGAGAAAACUGUAUUUCAACUCAGGGUUAUUCUAGGGGUUAGAGGGACUGGUGAAGGAAGAGCACUGCACAGCCUGUCCAGUGCUCACCAUGCAUUUCUUUUCCUUUCCCCUGCUCCCCAGUGAUGUGCUGGGCAGACUGACCACACUUAGAAAGCAGAUGCAUUUAUGGGUAUUGGCAGCUCCUUUCAGGAGUUGAGCACUGCUAGUGGUGAUAAUGCUCGGCUGAUUUGGCUUCAGUGCUCUAUGGUGUAAGUCACCUGACUUGUUGAUCUGGUGUCCUCAGCAAGACUUUAUUUUCUUUCCCAAGCUGAACUGUACCAAAUAUGAUUUUUUAAGCACAGCCAGCUCUGAAGUUCCCAUCUGCAUAUCUAUUACCCAACGCCCUCAUCGUUCAACUACUAGUACUCUGUCUUAUCCCAGGACACAUGUGGAUGUCUUCCUGGAGCUACAUUCAUUCAAUUUGAUGGGAGCCUUUUGUGGGCCUAGGCACUGUUCUAGACUGAGAAUGUAGUAGCGAACAAAAGACCUAGAAAUCCAUUCUCAUGGGAGUCGUAUUCUAAAUGAAGAGUAUAAAGGAGAGCGGUUAUGGUUUUCUGCUCCUUGCAGUUAGGGUUGUGAGGUAGUUUUAGGUGAUGGGUUGUGAGCAGAAGCCUCGCUUCUGGGCUGAAGCCUUUAAUUGUUGGUGCAAGACUCAGUAGUGCUGUUCUCCCUCAAUCAUGGAAGCCCACACAGACAGGGUCCACAAGGUCAAAGUAGUCUGGAAUGCUGAGUGCCCUACUCCCCACCCCCUUGGCAAGGAGCUGUUCUGGAGGGUCCCCCAGACCUGUGAUGGACUUUAUGGGAAUGAGAAAUAAAUUUUUGUUAAACCACUGA